AUGCUUUCCAUCCUUCGCAAGGCCCGUCUGAAGGACAAAGAGAUGCGGAUUCUGAUGCUGGGACUUGAUAAUGCCGGAAAGACUACCAUAGUCAAGAAGAUUAUGAAUGAAGAUAUCAACACCGUCAGUCCAACGCUGGGCUUCAUCAUCAAAACGAUUGAUUUUCGCGGCUACAAGCUCAACAUUUGGGACGUUGGAGGCCAAAAGACAAUAAGAUCAUAUUGGCGCAACUAUUUUGAGAAGACAGAUGCGUUGAUCUGGGUGGUGGAUGCGACAGACCGUCUGCGAAUCGACGACUGCAAGGCGGAGCUCAGAGGGUUGCUGGUAGAAGAACGUCUGGCUGGCGCGAGCCUGCUAGUCUUUCUGAACAAGAUCGAUGUAAACGGGAGCAUGGACGUGGAGGAAGUCACUCGGGCGCUGGAACUCGACAGGAUCCUGACACAUCACUGGGUAGUUGUCCCCUGUAGCGCCAUCACCGGCGAGAAUCUGGAGAAAGGGCUGGACUGGGUGGUUCAAGAUGCAAAGGACCGACUCUUUCUGUAUUGA